CAAAGACUGUUUACCAAAGCUUAGGGGGAAAAAAUAUCAGGUUAGUAAGAAAUGUGGACCUGACUCUGCAGGUGCACCCUUACCCCCUCUUACCAUCCUGCGGUUUUGCCCUCUGGUCCCCGAGCCUCCCUUUCCGUAUGUAUGCUUCUACCACAGCCUUCCUCACCUCUGCCUUGAUUUCCUGCUGUCCGUCUGGGAGGGCAGCAAGCACGGUGCUGCUUCAGUGGAAAAAUGCCCUCAUUCCCCAAUUUGUGCUUGAAGUGCUGCUCUUGCCACAUUGGCCCUAAACCUGCUGGUCAGUAACUCGCCGGUUCCUCGCGUGUAUCUUGAGACACGCUUUUAAAUUUUCAUCUGUAACUCAGUUUCUGUACUUGGCUUUGAGUUUUGUGGGGGUUAUUUUCAGACUAGUAGUGUUGAGCUAUCAGUUAUGCUAGCCAGUGCCUUGUGCUGUAAGUAGGUCAUCUUUAUACAUUACAUAUCCCCUGUCAAACAUAUUUUCAAGAGCCUCUUACUGCAGAUGCUUCCCCCUUUUUAUCUUAAUGAUUAAAUUAUUCACAGUUUUAUAUUCAAGAUUUUACAUUUUUUCUUUUCUUCAGAUAUGUGUUGUGAUGGAGUUAGGAAGGUGAACAUUGCACAUCCAGGGAGAUUUGGGGCACCUGGCAACUUUAUUAUCCCUGCCAAGAGGAAGGCUACUUCAUUUAUAUUUUGCCUUAAAUAUAUAUUCUAGACCUGUCCAGUCCAGUAACCACAAGCCACGUAUGGCAGUUGAGUACUUGAAAUGUGUAAGUCCAAGCUGAGAUGUGCUAUAAAUAUAAAAUAAAUUGAUGGAUUAUUGACAAUGGAUUUCAGAGACCUAGUAGGAAAAAAAAAAUAAUGUGACACAGCCUAUUAAUAAUUCUAACACUAAUUACAUUUUUGAAAUGAUAUUUUGGAUAUAUUUGGUUAAAUAAAAUUUCAGCUCUUUUUAAUUUUCUAAAUGUGGUUACUAGAAAAUUUAAAACUAUACAUUUGUCUCACAUUAUAUUUCUAUCAGACAGGACUGUUUUAGAAAGUAUAGUAGUGUCAACAUAGGUAAUGAUCUAACUUGAGACUUACAACUCUGAUAUCCCAGUUGCUAGACGUAGUAAUUGAACAGUUUGCCCAUAGUGUCAUUGGUCUACUUUUAAGAGAAGCCUUUGGGCUGGGAAACUCUCUAUUGCUGUCGUCUUUGUCAAAGGUUGAGAGAAAGUGAGAUAGAAUUGCUUGGUGCUUUAGUUUGAAAAUUGCAGUAUUGCAUCAUUUUACGGGUUCUUGUUUGGAUGUUGAGUCAGUUCAGAACUUUUUUGUACUCUUAGUGUGUACCAAAUACUUUCUUAGGUCCUUUGGAUGCAAUGACAGAUCUCAUCCCAGACCAUGAGGAACUUAGUCAUCCAUGCUAUGAGAACAAGAGAGGAGUGUGAUUCAUUGUUCAGUAAUAGAAGACCGCACAGUGGCCAGUAUAGUGCAGAGAAGGAGGGGGUAGGGCAGGAACAACGGUCAGGAAGGACCCCACGAGGAGGUGAUGCAUCUGCUUUAAUUCUUUUAGAGAACAUCCUAGAAGCCCUUCCCCAGGGGAAUGCACAGUGCGUUGCAAACACAGCCCAUCCUUGGGGGGUGAGGCAUGACUGUGUAGUUCCUACCCCAAGAGAGUAAGCUCAGGUCAGCCAGGAAAGGAGAUGUGUUAAACAGGCCUCAUGCAGGCCCUUAUCCAUGGGGUUUUGAUGGUCCUCUGUGAAGUUGAAAUACUUUCCUGUUUUACUCAAGAAUUGAAGAAAAUAUGUAAAUGCUCUUCACUUCUGUCUUUUCUAGUUUUUUUCUGUACAUAGAUAUGAAGGUUAAUGAAACUGAAGUGGGGGAAAAUCGAAUAACUUGCCUUUCUUUAGUGGAAAUAGGAACAGUUUGGAAAGCUACCAGAGUGUUGUGUAAGUGUGUUCAGUGGCUAAAGCCGACCAGCUCAGGUUACACUGCAUCUCCCCUGUUGGGGGUGGGGGACAGCAAGUGACACAGCAUAAAACAGAUGCUUACAUAACCAUGACUCCAGGGGACAGCACUAAGCUGUGAAUGGACCUUCCAAACUCCAGAAUAUGAUAUUAGAACACAGCCUUUGAAUUUUUCUCUGAAGCUUGACUUGAAAGUGAGCUUCAGAAACCUCUCUCAGACUAGACUUUCCAUUACUGUCAAACUUCUUUCCCCUUCCCUUCUGUUAGUUGUGAACUUUGAUCAUUUUAGAAUUAGAAGGGGAAAAAAAAAAAGAAAUAGAAAGGAUCUCGGAAGUCUCUGAGUGCAGCUCUCACCAGAUUUAACCCAGAGACUGACUUCACCAUCGAAACACCCAUAGUUAUAUCAAUGAUUGAGGCAAGAUAGUGGCAGCAGGCAAAGGAAAAACAGCUCUGACAUCCUAAAGACCAUGAGUAUGCUAAAACCAAGUGGGCUUAAGGCCCCUACCAAAAUCCUUAAGCCUGGAAGCACAUCCUUGAAGACACCUGCUGCUGUUGUAGCUCCAGUGGAAAGAACAACAUCCAGUGAAAAAGCAUCAAGCGCACCAUCUUCUGAGGCACAAGAGGAAUUUGUGGAUGACUUUCGAGUUGGGGAGAGAGUUUGGGUGAAUGGGAAUAAGCCUGGAUUCAUCCAAUUUCUGGGAGAAACCCAGUUUGCACCAGGCCAGUGGGCCGGGAUUGUUUUGGAUGAACCCAUAGGCAAGAAUGACGGGUCGGUGGCAGGAGUUCGGUACUUCCAGUGUGAGCCUCUGAAGGGCAUAUUCACUCGCCCGUCGAAGUUGACAAGGAAGGUGCAGGGAGAAGAUGAAGCUAACGGCCUGCAGACAACUCCUGCUUCCAGAGCAACUUCGCCUCUGUCCACCUCAACAGCUGGCAUGGUGGCCUCGUCCCCAGCAGCCCCUUCAAAUAUCCCCCAUAAAUCGUCCCAGCCAACAGCAAAGGAACCUUCAGCUACGUCUCAGAUCAGCAACCUUACAAAAACUGCCAGUGAAUCUAUCUCUAACCUCUCAGAGGCUGGUUCAAUCAAGAAAGGAGAAAGAGAGCUCAAAAUUGGAGACAGAGUAUUGGUUGGUGGCACCAAGGCUGGCGUAGUCCGGUUUCUUGGGGAGACAGACUUUGCCAAGGGGGAAUGGUGUGGUGUGGAGUUGGAUGAGCCUCUUGGGAAGAACGAUGGGGCUGUUGCUGGAACCAGGUAUUUUCAGUGCCAGCCCAAAUAUGGCUUGUUUGCUCCUGUCCACAAAGUAACCAAGAUUGGCUUCCCUUCCACGACACCUGCCAAAGCCAAGGCUGCUGCUGUGAGGCGAGUGAUGGCAACCACACCUGCCAGCCUGAAGCGCAGCCCUUCUGCCUCGUCUCUCAGCUCCAUGAGCUCAGUGGCCUCCUCCGUGAGCAGCAAGCCCAGCCGGACUGGAUUAUUGACUGAAACCUCCUCCCGUUACGCCAGGAAGAUCUCCGGCACCACUGCCCUCCAGGAGGCCCUGAAGGAGAAGCAGCAGCACAUUGAGCAGCUGCUGGCUGAACGGGAUCUAGAGAGGGCGGAGGUGGCCAAGGCCACAAGCCACGUGGGGGAAAUAGAGCAGGAGCUAGCUCUGGCCCGGGACGGACACGACCAGCAUGUUCUGGAAUUGGAGGCCAAGAUGGACCAGCUGCGAACAAUGGUGGAGGCUGCUGACAGGGAGAAGGUGGAGCUUCUCAACCAACUUGAGGAGGAGAAAAGGAAGGUUGAGGACCUUCAGUUCCGGGUUGAGGAAGAAUCCAUCACGAAAGGCGAUCUUGAGCAAAAGAGCCAGAUUUCUGAAGAUCCUGAGAAUACGCAGACCAAACUGGAGCAUGCCCGCAUUAAGGAGCUUGAACAGAGCCUGCUCUUUGAAAAGACCAAAGCUGACAAACUCCAGAGGGAGUUAGAAGACACUAGGGUGGCUACAGUGUCAGAAAAGUCCCGUAUAAUGGAGCUAGAAAAAGAGCUAGCGCUGAGAGUACAGGAGGUGGCUGAGCUGCGGAGGAGACUGGAGUCCCACAAGCCUGCCGGGGACGUUGACAUGUCACUCUCCCUUUUGCAAGAGAUAAGUUCUUUGCAAGAAAAAUUAGAAGCUGCUCAUGCUGACCACCAGAGAGAAAUCACUUUCCUGAAGGAGCAUUUUGGAGCCUGUGAAGAAACACAUCAGAAGGAGACAAAGGCUCUUCAGGCUGCCACAGAGAAGCUUUCCAAGGAGAACGAGUCCUUGAAAAGCAAGCUCGAUCAUGCCAACAAGGAGAAUUCUGAUGUGAUAGCCCUGUGGAAGUCCAAGCUGGAGACCGCCAUCGCGUCCCACCAGCAGGCGAUGGAGGAGCUGAAGGUGUCCUUCAGCAAGGGGGUUGGAACGGAGACAGCAGAGUUUGCAGAGUUAAAAACACAAGUGGAGAAGAUGAGACUAGAUUAUCAGCACGAAAUAGAAAAUCUGCAGAGUAAACAAGACUCUGAAAGGUCUGCUCACGCUAAAGAGAUAGAAGCCCUAAGGGGUAAGCUGAUGGCGGUCAUCAAAGAGAAGGAGAGCAGCCUAGAAGCCGUCAAGGCGAAACUGGACAAAGCAGAAGACCAGCACCUAGUAGAAAUGGAGGACACCUUAAACAAGUUGCAGGAAGCUGAAAUAAAGGUAAAGGAGCUAGAGGUGCUACAAGCCAAGUGCAGUGAACAAACCAAGGUUAUUGAUAAUUUUACAUCACAGCUCAAGGCUACCGAAGAAAAGCUCUUGGAUCUCGAUGCACUUCGGAAAGCCAGUUCCGAAGGUAAAUCGGAAAUCGAGAAACUUAGACAGCAGCUUGAGGCAGCUGAGAAACAGAUUACAAAUUUAGAGAUUGAAAAGAAUACUGAAAGUGGCAAGGCUAGUAGCAUUACCAAAGAGCUGCAGGGGAAAGAGCUAACCCUAAAUAACCUUCAGAAAAACUUGAGUGAAGUCAGUCAAGUGAAAGAGGCUUUGGAGAAAGAACUUCAGAUUUUGAAAGAAAAGUUUGCUGAUGCUUCAGAGGAGGCGAUCUCUGUUCAGAGAAGCAUGCAAGAAACUGUAAAUAUAUUACACCAGAAAGAGGAACAGUUUAAUGCACUGUCUACUGAAUUGGAGAAGUUGAGAGAAAAUUUAACAGAUAUGGAGGCAAAAUUUAGAGAGAGAGAUGAAAGAGAAGAGCAGUUGAUAAAAGCAAAGGAAAAGUUGGAAAAUGACAUUGCAGAAAUAAUGAAGAUGUCUGGAGAUCAUUCUUCUCAGCUGACAAAAAUGAAUGACGAGUUACGUCUGAAAGAAAGAACUGUAGAAGAAUUACAGCUAAAACUCACAAAGGCUAAAGAAAAUGCAAGCUUUCUGCAGAAGAAUAUUGGGGAAGUAAGUCUCAAAGCAGAACAGUGCCAGCAGGAAGCAGCUAAAAAGCACGAGGAAGAAAAGCAAGAACUGCUGAGGAAAUUGUCAGACCUGGAAAAGGCGAUGGAAGUGAGCCACAACCAGUGCCAGGACCUGAAAGCUAGGUACGAAGCAGCCAGUUCUGAGACAAAGGCUCAGCAUGAGGAAGCCCUGCAGAGCCUGCGGAAGACCCUGCUGGACACAGAGGAGAGGCUGAGGGCCGCCCAAGAGGAGAACAGUGACUUGUUUCAGGAGAUGGUGGAACUGAGAAAGCAAGCUGACAAAGCCAAAUCGCUAACUUAUUUGUUAACAUCAGCCAAAAAAGAAAUUGAACUAAUGUCAGAAGAGCUGAGGGGUCUGAAAUCAGAGAAGCAGCUUCUCGCACAGGAGGGAAAUACUUUAAAGUUAGAAAAAGGUUCACUUUUAUCAAAGUUGGUAGAGGUGGAGGCCAAAAUAACUUUACUUCAGGAAGAUCAACAGAAACUGUGGUCAGUAAAUGAAAUUCUUAAUUUAGAAAAGGAGAAAGUCUUAGAAGAAAAAGAAGAUGCUGAAAAGCUUUAUCAGCAGGAGCAGCUCCAUAAAGAAUCUUUAGCUGUUGAGAAAGAGAAAUUACUACGAGAAAUCAAUAUUGCUCAGGAAGAACUUUUAAAGAUCAGUAUGGAAAAUGAUGCUUUGCAGGCUUCCAGAGCGAGCUUGCGGGCUCUCAUGGAAGAGCUCCAGCUCAGCAAAGAUGCUUUGGUUGCUGAGUCUAAGAAGGGUCAGGAAGAAAAAGACCACUUAGAGGAUCGUAUCAAGAAGCUCGUUACUGAAAAUCUUGCUUUGGCUAAAGAUAAAGAUGAAAUCAUUCAGAAGCUUCAGAGCUCUUAUGAAGAGCUAGUCAAAGAUCAGAAAACCUUGGUGCAGGAGAUUGAAGAUCUCACGGCUGAGAAAAAGUUGGCUUUAGAGAAGCAGUCAGGUCUUGAUAACACGUGCAUAGCCUUAAAGGUGGAAAGAGAAAGUCUUCUCCAAAACAACAAAGAUCUGCAAUUUGAGAAGGAUGUGCUUCGUCAAGAUCGGGAGAAGCUGAACGCCAGCCUGGAGGCUGCCCUCCAGAUCAAGCAGCUGCUCGGCAUGGAAACCAGUGGGCUCCGCACACAGCUAGACGAUGCCAAGAGGACUCUGAGGAAGGCUGAACUGGACAUGAGGCAGCUGCAGGCUACAAAUGCCAGCCUCACAAAGCUUCUGGAAGAAAUCAAGACCAGUCGGGAGAUCACAGACUCCGAGUGCAUCCAGCUUCUGCAUGAAAAAGAAACCUUGGCCUCAUCGGAGAGACAACUCUUGGCUGAAAAAGAAGAACUUCUAAGUGAGAACAGGCUCAUCGCUGAAAAACUGAAGAAGUGCUCGGAAGAGGCCACCCAUAUGGAGAUGAGCCUGAAUGAGAAGAUUACUUAUCUAACUUCUGAGAAGGAGGUGGUAUGUCAGAAAAUUACUAAGCUCAAAAAGCAGCAUGACAGUCUCUUGAAGGAAAAGUCUGUCCUGGAAAUGCAAAAUGGAGACUUGCUGGCAGAAAGAGAGAAUUCCAUGAAAACCAUAGGAGAACUCAGAAGGAAAUAUGAUCAAGAGUCUGCAAACAGAAGAAUCGUAGUGCACGAGAAGAUGAAACUCCUUGGUAAUCUCGACGCUCUGAAGAAAGAGCUCCAGGAGAAGAAGAGGGAAAACCAAGAACUAGCAGCCACGAAGUGUGAUCUCUCUCUGAUGCUGAAAGAGGCUCAAAAUGCCAGAAAGAGUUUAGAAAAAGAGCACACAAGCACUCUGCAGGCGAAGGAGAGUCUGAAUGCUGAACUUGAGACUUGCUGUUCUGAGAAGAGCAUCUUGCUGAGGGACGGGUUGGGCCUGCAAGAAGAGUGUCAGAGGUUAAGCAGGGAGAUCCGGACGGUUCAGCAGUCCUUCGUCCUGGAAAAAGAAGCCAGGGCGCAGGAAAACCAGGCGUCCCUGUACGAAAACAAUAAACUUCACGGCAGGAUGGCCCUCCUGGAGCAGGAGCUGGAAGAGCUAAGAGCGCAUACCAAGCAGCUUCAGUCCGAAAAUGGUGUACUCGUCCAAGAGAAGACCAGAUCAGAGCAGAGAGUGGUGGAGAUAAUUAAGGAAAAGGAACUCUUGAGUGCGGAAACGGCUCGGCUCGCUGCCAACAUAGAGACUCUGAAGAGUGAUUUCGCCACCUUGUCCAAAUCCAAGUUAGAGCUGCAGGAACUGCACAGCUGCGUCACCAAGAUCCUGGAUGACCUUCGGCUGAAGCACGAGAUGACCCUGGCCGAUCGCGCCAAGGUGGUACAGGACAAUAAGAGCCUCCUGGCCGAGAAGAGAGACAUGAUAGAGACAAAGGAGGAGCUCCUGAAGGAGAAGGAAAAGCUGGCAGAAAGCUACUUCAUCCUUCAGAAAGAGAUUAGCCAGUUGGCUAAAACCAACAGCCAUAUCUCAGCCAACCUCCUAGAAUCUCAAAAUGAAAACCGUAUUUUAAGGAAAGACAAGAGCAAGCUCACUCUUAAAAUUAGAGAGCUCGAGACUCUUCAGUCAUUUACGGCCGCUCAAACAGCAGAAGAUGCCAUGCAGAUAAUGGAACAGAUGACCAAAGAGAAGAGUGAAACUCUGGCCUCCUUGGAGGAUACCAAGCAAACAAACGAAAAACUACAGAAUGAAUUGGAUACACUUAAAGAAAACAAUCUGAAAAAUGUGGAAGAGCUGAACAAAUCAAAAGAACUUCUGACGGUAGAGAAUCAAAAAAUGGAAGAAUUCAGGAAAGAAAUAGAAACCCUCAAGCAGGCAGCAGCUCAGAAGUCCCAGCAGCUUUCAGCAUUGCAAGAAGAGAACGUGAAACUUGCUGAGGAGCUGGGGAGAAGCAGGGACGAAGUCACAGGUCAUCAGAAGCUAGAAGAAGAGAGAUCUGUGCUCAAUAAUCAGUUGUUAGAAAUGAAAAAGAGAGAAUCCAAGUUAAUAAAAGAAACCGAUGAAGAAAAAGCUUCCUUGCAGAAAUCCAUCAGCAUUACUAGUGCCUUACUCACCGAAAAGGACGCAGAGCUAGAAAAACUGAGAAAUGAGGUCACGGUGCUCAGGGGAGAGAGCGCCUCCGCCAAGUCCUUGCAUUCAGUCGUUCAGUCUCUGGAGUCUGACAAAGCGAAGCUUGAACUCCAGGUAAAGAACCUGGAGCUUCAACUCAAAGAAAACAGGAGGCAGCUGGGCAGCUCCUCAGGUAAUACUGAUACUCAGGCGGAAGAGGACGAAAGAGCCCAGGAAAGUCAGCAAAUGAUUGAUUUCCUAAAUUCAGUGAUAGUGGACCUUCAGAGGAAGAAUCAGGACCUCAAGAUGAAAGUGGAGAUGAUGUCAGAGGCAGCCCUGAACGGGAAUGGCGACGACCUAAACAAUUAUGACAGUGAUGACCAGGAGAAACAGUCCAAGAAGAAACCUCGCCUCUUCUGUGACAUAUGUGACUGCUUUGACCUCCACGACACAGAGGACUGUCCCACCCAGGCGCAGGUGUCGGAGGACCCCCCCCAUUCCACACACCACGGCAGUCGGAGCGAGGAGCGCCCGUACUGUGAAAUCUGCGAGGUGUUUGGGCACUGGGCCACCAACUGCAACGACGACGAGACCUUCUGAUGAAGCCCCGGCCCGGCGCCCGGCUCCUCCCCAGGCUCCUCCCCGGGCUCCUCCCCGCACGGGCAGAGGCAGCUGGACACCAGCAGUGUGUGUGCGGACUUAUUCUGGUGAAGCCAGGUCCUGCACCCGGCUCCCCCCACCCCACCCCCCGCCUCCCACCGGCGCGGAGGCGGCUGGACACCAGCAGUGUGCGUGCGGGCCUUCAGAGAACUCACGUUAUUUCUGACCCCCAUCAACAAAUCUAAGAGAAUAUUUUGAUCUUCAGUACAUCACCCCUUUAGUCUCCCCUGAGAAGUUAAAAGAAUAAAUACUUAGUAGGUGAGAUUUCACCUCUAAUUUUGUCGUCUUUUUAAAAGUUCUAACAAGACAUUGCACCAGAUGCCAUUACAUUCACUGUCCCUAGGGAAGCCUCAUAGACCGAUCCCUACCCUUACAAUACCUUAUUUAAGUAACUUUAAAUUAUGCUGUUACUUUUCAUAUUUGCACUAAAACUUUUCCAGGCUGCAUUUGUAUAUUUAGAUGUUUUGGUUAAGCUUUGACACUGGAAUGAGUUGGAAAAAUGUGCCAUUUUGCAUUUUCAUCUACUCAUUUAAAGUAUUUUAUUCUAAAAAGAAGUAUCUGAGCUCUUUGCACUACCUGAUGUCAGUAGUGCCUUUAUUUCAGGCUUGAUAAUACUUAGGUGUGAUUAUAAAAUCAUGAAGCAGGUAACAGGAAGGGGAAGCCCCCAAACUGCUGUGGGGACAUUUUAUAAUCUAUAUGCUGCACCUACUUACUCUACUGUGGUGUUUUGUUUAUUGGUUUUGCAUAAUUUCAGCUUCUAUAUAUUAUAUGUAUAUAUUUUUUAAAAAUCUAUAUUUUGGGAAAAAAUACAAUGUCUUUCUUUUCAGAUUUUUACCUUUAUGAAAAAGAACACACAUCAGGACAUAAUGGACUAGGCCAGAAGUAAUAUCACGUGGCUUUGCAACUUUUUUUUUUUUUUCUGUUUUCAUUUUGUUUAUCAGAUAUAACUAACUAGGAGAAUUUCCUCCAAAUUUUUUUUUCUUUCUUCAGCAGAUAGCCCCAGCAGUCAACUCAUUAGAUAAUAAGCCACUAUAAAACACCUAAAUUAACCAAUCUGCAACCAUUAUAAGCUUUUUUUACUGUGUUUUUAGAUGAAUGUACGAUGAGAAAUUCAACAUUAAUAAAUUUGGAUUUUCUUAUCACACACAAAAAAUGAAGGACCUCAACCAUCAGAAGUUUAUCAACCGGUUUGAAUCUAUUUAUCUUCAUUUGAAUGUCUUCGAUAUGUACAAAGUAAUGUAUCUUCCAUGCUACAUGUAUAAUAAGAACUUCUAUAAUUGUAUAUAUGCCUUUGAUGUAUUUUUCCCCUCAAGAUUAUCAAAUGUGUGUCUGACAAGUGAAGAAUCUGUAAUGAGUUGAAAACUUUGGUUAUAAACAUACUAUAAUAGGAAGUGUUUCACAAACAAAAUGUAAAACAGUAUUAAAAUUUGAGCAAACGAGUGUUCUGUAUCUACUUUAAUAAAUGGUUAUUCUUUUUUUGCUGGUGGUAGUAAACUGA